GGCCGAGUGGAAGUCAGGUUAUUCAGUCGGAUGUUCAAGGACAAGGCACGCAGUCUGACCUUGGGACUGUUUCAAACCCUGAGACUUCACCAACACUUUCUCAGACUUCUGAUAAUACAGACUUUAUUAGUGAGACUGUGUUAAUUGAUGCUGGUUCUAAAACUAGAAAAACUUGGGAUCAACCUAUCAACAUCAAAUAUUAAACAUCAUUCCGACGAAAAUGAUGAGGCUGUGAAGCUUCAAGAUAUAAGCAUUUCUAGUAGUGUGAAUGAUAAUGGUAAUGAUAUCGGGAAUUUUGAUGCUUCUGAUAAUGAUUCUGAAAUUUCGUUUACCGUGAGUCCUGGAAAUCCAUGCAAAUCGGAUACCGAUGAAACUGAGGUUUCAAAUUCUAAGGAGCCCUUAUCUCGACUUAAUAGUGAAGGAAGUGAUAUGAAGAAUGUUUUGUAUUCUGGAAAAGGUGAAUCGAUUCCAGAGCAUCACGUGACAUCAAAGCAUGAACCCGAUGGGCAAAUGAAAGACGUUUUGUACGGAAAAUCAGAGACUGAUAAAACUGAACAUCCAAAAUCUAAGGAGCCUCUAUCAAGACUUGACAGCGAAGGAACUGAAAUGAAAAAUAUUCUUUAUUCUUGCCAGAGUUCAGGUAAAACCGUAUGAUUCGAAUAAGAAGGAUCCAUUGUCCAGGCUUGAUAGUGAGGGAAGUGAAAUGAAAGACAUUUUGUAUUCGAAUAAUUCCCAAUCUAACGAUCACAUUGUUGCUUCAAAUGAACCUGCUGGACAAAUGAAGGGGCUCCUUUAUGGAGAGGAAUCAACAUCUGAUGAUAAAAGUGAUGACUCGGAAUUGAAGAAGCCCUUAUCAAGACUAGACAGUGAAGGCAGUGAAAUGAAAGACGUUUUGUACGGAAAAUCAGAGCCUGAUGAAAUAGAUCAUCCAAAUUCGAAGCAGCCUCUAUCAAGACUUGAUAGUGAAGGAACUGAUAUGAAAAAUAUUCUUUAUUCUGGGCCAGAGUCUGGUAAUAGUGAUGAUUCUAAUUUAAAAGAUCCAUUGUCCAGGCUUGAUAGUGAGGGAAGUGAAAUGAAAGACAUUUUUUAUUCUAAUAAUUCCCAAUCUAACGAUCAUAUUGUUGCUUCAAAUGAACCUGCUGGACAAAUGAAGGAGCUCCUAUACGGUGAGGAGUCAACAUCCGGCUACGGCUCGGCGAAACCUGGUGAUUAUGAAACAGAAACAGAAACUGAGAUAACAGAAGAAAGUGUGACACCAACUCCAUCUGUUAAAGAUGUGAAAAGUAAGGUGGAUAGGAUGAGAGAGAUCUUGUAUGGUCAGCCCCAGACUAAACUGAAUGAGGAAUCAGAAAUGAUCAAAAAAUUUCCCAAAUUUCCAUCAGCGAUGACUCUGGUAUCGACAUGGAUUAUCAAGUACAGCCGAUACAGCUUGCGUAUCCAGAGUUGGAAACAGGUCCCAACCCAAACAUCAUGACCGAUCGUCUAACUAAAUAUUACGUUGCUGAAGAAACAUUUGACGAAGACGAGGUAGAAAUGUACAGAACUUUAGAGAUAACAUUACGAAGGCUGCUUCUUCAACCGUUACUGCUCCAGACAGACCUGGUCAACGCUGCAGCUGUUAGAUACUUUGUAGAUGAAUUGAAGAUAAACUAUCACUUUGACGCUUUGAGAUCUUAUCUUUGUAUGAGUGAUGGAAUGUUUGGUGACUCACUAUCAAAAGGAAUCUUUAAAAUGAUUGACAGUGGAAUGGAUCUAAUGAGUUCCCCUGCUAAACUAAACGCUGUUCUUCACGAAGCAAUGGAGUGCUCAAAAAUCAACAACCACUUGUUACUGGAAGGUGUUAGAAAUCAAGUGUCCGGGGAUGUCCUUAACUGCUUGGUAUUGAGAUACGAUGUUGAGUGGCCCAGCAACAUCAUCAUUACUGACAACAGCUUGUACAAGUACAACGAGAUAUCAAGUUCCUCCUUCAACUCAAGCACGGCUGUUAUGCUGGAAAAGAUAUGGUUUCGAUUAGGUUCGGUGGACCAAAAGGGCACAUCGCCCCAAAUCCGACGUUUACAAGUGUGCCGCUACGAAGUAUCCCAAUGUCUGCACGCGGUCCAGAUCUACAUGACUCACCAGCUACACAACAUUUCCUGGCACGAGCUCCAGGCUGAGCUUAAGGGGGCCAGCAGUGUUUCACAGUUACAGGACGCUCACGAGAAUUACCUCAACAACGCUCUUGAGAGAUUACUUCUGGGCGAGAGCACGAGAGCUCCACACGACAUAAUACUAAAGAUCUUCAAACAUGUGACCUUGUUUGUAAGGCUCCUGGAAAGUGCAAAAUUCUCCACGGACGUUCAGGGACUUGUGACACAUCCUCAUUUUGAAAAGAUAAUUCAGAGACACGAUGACUUUACCAAGCAGGCUGUUUUUAUUUUGAAAGUGGCUGAAAGUUCGAACAACUCCGGCUACAAACCGUACAUUGACGAGUUCAUGCUGCGACUAGACUUCAACCAUUACUACCAGUCCAGCAACACAAUAGUAAAGAGACGCAGCAUGGCAGGUCUUAACCUGCUGGGGAGUGGGAGCAAAGCUAAACUCACAAACUCUCUUAGCAGUCCUAAUACUAAUUUAGCUUCUAGGAGUGUCGUAUGAUUGCGUGGCAGUGAAAUUUUAAGUCACAUGUUACAUUCUAAAAUAUUAACUGAUAGCAAACAAAAUACGAACAUUGAGAGAAUUGACUUAAGCUUAAAUGUUUCGGCAGGUAGAAUUUUGAUGGAUUGUUGUUAGAUUUGGUAACAGUUGGGCUAGGUAAAUACCUAUUUUUAUCUCAUGGGCUUUGUAGGGUUUUUUGCAAAUUCUUUUGACUUUUUAAAGAUUGCAACUGCUAUUUUAAUGAUUAUUAUGUAUAUAUAUUAUGUGUUAUGUAUUAUUAUGUAUGAUUAUUUAAGUAUUUAUGAAUUACAAUUUUUUAGAUUUGGUAUUUUGAGU